AGGGGGCACGCUAUUGCUAGCAUCGCAAACUGGAUGCAAUCACGCCCCUGGAAACUUUUGCUGCCAAACAACAUAAAGAAACACAGGCGAUGGACAUUGAUAGCUUAAGCGGUGUUUUUCUCAACAGUUCAAUGACCGAAUGUUUCAUUCUGCAUGUAAUAUUUGCUUCGAUGGCAUGCCCCAGUAGCUAAUUCGUCGUCUCUAGGGAAGUUCAACGUCCUUUUGACUCGGGGAUCAGGAUUAUCAGGCUAGGAUAGCAACAGGUAAUUGCAGUCGGAAAAUGGAUAAAGCAGACAUUGGACAUGUUUUUGUACUCGAGCAGGAAGUGAAAAGUUUGACAGAGGAACUAAGCCAAUGUCAGGCUGACAAAGAGUUUGUGUGGUCACUUUGGAAACGCCUCCAAGUCGCCAACCCAGACCUCACACAAGCCGUCAGUUUAAUAGUGGAGCGUGAAAGGGGGAAAGCAGAAGUUAAGGACAGAAAAGUGCUGGAGAUCCUUCAAGCCAAAGACUACAAAAUACAGGAACUAGAGCAGAAAGUGGCAGGGCAACAGCAGGAGAUAAACAACCUGUACCAGAGCAGGCAGCGCGGUGAUGGGGAGCUGAGCGUCAUGAAGACGGAGCUGGCAGCUCUGCGGCAGCGGCAAGGGAAUACCAGUCGGGAACUUAAGGAAUGGAGGGAGCGCAGCAAGAAGGCGGAGGAGGAAGGACGGCGCGUGGUGCGGCUUCUGGAGGAGGAGAAGCGGGGAUUAGAGGAGCGCUGCGCCUCCCUGCUAGCUGACCUGCAGAGGGCACAGGAGCAGCAGGCCCAACGCAGCCACCGAGAGGAGCACACACACUCCAAAGUCAAGGACUUGGAGCAGGAGUUGGGCAGUGUGAAACAGCAGCUGUCUGAUGCUGAGGGCCGGGUCUCAGAUCUCACUGGGCAGCUAAACGCCAAAGAACAAGAGCUCGCUCAGAAAGACCAGUGUUUGGUUCAGAUCAGGCAGGAGCUUGCGGGUGUGCAGGGUCUGUACAGCCAGAGUGUGGAGCACGCAGGUGAGCAGGCCGAGCUCAUCCAGCAGCUGGAGGGCCUCAACCUGGACACCCAGAGAGUACUACGCAGCCAAGAGCAGGCCCACACCGCAGACACCGUUUCCUACCACAAGCUGUACACCGAACUCAGUGUGACCCACCAGGCACUGGUGUGUAAUGAGUCUCAGCUACGGCAGCGGGAGGCGGGCCUGAGCGCGCAGCUCCGCGAGAGGGACCAACAGGUCCAGCAGCUGCAGGAGCAGCUGCAACAGCUUCACCUCCAGCAGCCACAGCAGCAGCAGCAGCAGCAGCAGCCACCUCCCUCCCAGCAGCAGCAGCAGCAGCAGCAGCCAAGGCAGGCAGGCUCCACCACAGUCUGCACUCAGACCAGACAGACCAACUCCCAGCACUUUGAGCAGCUGCAGCAGGAGCAGAGGGGAGAUGAGGCUGAGGGAGAGGGAGAGGGAGAGGGAGAGGGAGAGCAGGACCUCCCCGAUGGGCCUCCGCAGCUCCCGGGCCAGACUGCAGCCUCUCAGCCCCAGCCAGGUGAACCAGCAGGGGGCCUCAGCCAUAUCCAACACCCUCAACCCAGGAGCCGACAGUCACGGGGAACCCAGGAGGCCAAGGGGCGACGCUCCAGAUCCCUCUCCCCAGGGAGUGGCAACCAGGCGCCAGAGGAGGAGGCCGGUGCCAAGCUCCAGAGGCUGCAGGAACUACUGGCUCUCAAGACCGAGGAGAACCAAGCACUACGGAAGGCCCAUGACAGGCGUCAGGAUCGUCUGCGUCUGAUACAGACCAACUACAGGACCCUCAGGGAGCAGCUGAAGGAAGCAGAGGCGACGCAGGGACAAGGCCAGACAAGGACUGUUCGAGCGGAGCCCUGGGAGCUACGUCAGGAGAACAGCGAUGGUGUGUGGAAUGAGCUUGCCUUCUUCAGGAGGCAAAACAAGAAGCUCCUCGCUGAGAUUGCCAAUCUAGAGGAGGAGCUGGACGUGAUGCGAGUGCAGGCCGCCAUGGACCGCACCACCACUAGGGAGCUGCGCUUGUGCCUGGAGCGGGAACAUGAAGAGCUGCUCCAGACAGUGGCCACACCGGGGAGCGAGGUGAGCAGCAGCACACCCAACAAGCCGCGCACCCAGAGGCUGCACGAAUCCUUCCUCAGGAUUGAGGAGCUGGAACGGAAAAUGGUGUCUCUGGAGGACGAGACCCACCGCUUACAUGACGACAACCAGGAGCUCCGGGAGGCCAACGCCACCUUGACCAAGGCCCGCAACGAGCUGCAGUCAGCCCUCCACCGCCUCCGUAAAGACUGGGCCGCGCAGGAGGAGGCCUACCAGGCCAAAAGCAGUGCGGAGGUGGAGAGGCUGCAUGGCGAGGCUGAGGCGCUGCGGUCCGAGGCGGAGACCUGCCGCUGGGAGAUGGAGAGGGCCUGCCAUGAGGCGUCCCAGGCCAACCAGAAAGCCCUGCGGCUCAGGCAGGAAGUCGGGGUGCUGAGGGCCGAGCGGGACUUCCUCCGCACCGCCGCCGCCCGACGCAGAGCAAAGGGCCCGGCCGCACCCGUCAGCAGGAUCAAAGUCAGGACGGUGUGGAGCAGAGUUCCGUCGUACCAGCACAGAAUUCGCUCUCGCCCUCCCCCUGGCAGGGGACAGGCAAACAGGAGGAGAGGAAGCCCAGUCAGAGACGGGUGGGAAGACCUCAGUGCAGACAGUGGCAGUGAGGAGGAGUACUCGGACAGCCUGGACAACCCGCCGCUUGUCAAAUCCCUCCACAAGAAGACCACUCACAGGGUGUACAGGUGUGGUGGUGGUGGUGGCGGCGGUAGCAGCAGAGGCGGCUCGUCCCUGGAAGAGGAGCUCGGCCUGCUGGAGCCGCGGUCUCCGCCGCGCGGGCAGCGGAUGUACGAGAGGAAGAGAAGGACGCGGCGAAAGGGCUCGUGUGCGGAGACGCGUCACCGCCUGCUCUCCCUGCAACAGCAGCUCCGCGCGCUACAGCGGGGCCGGAGAGAAGCGGAGCAGCACGCUCGCGAACACCAGGAGUCGUGCCAGCAGCUCCGCAGCCAGCUGCAGACCCUCAACCAGAGGCUGGCCAGCAGCAAGCAGCAGACACAGAAACUAACCACUGAGUUAACUGGCAUGGAGCAGCAAAAGAAGAUUGUGGAGAUGGAGCUGGAGCAGUGGAGGCGCAUGCAGGUCCAUCUCCCGCCACCGGCCCCAGCGGCGGCCCUCCCCCCCUGCUGCAGCAGCAGCGCGGCGCCUGCGGAGCCCAGUAGCCCUGCCCUGAAGCAGCUGGAGGCAGAGGUCAAACAGCUCCAGACCAAACUCAAGAACGCCAGUAACGAGGUCACCAAACACACAGCUGCCAGCAAGAGCCUGAAAGCGGAGCUCAGCGAGAAGGACCAGCGCCUCCGGGAGCUGCAGGAGAAGCUGAGUCAUGCUGAGAGAGACAUUGUGAUGAAGAAACAGCUUGUGGAAGACAUGAGGACCAGGCUCAAGUUCUUCCAAGACACCGAGAAGAGCCUAAAGAGCCAGCUAGAGGACUUGGAGAAAAAGGUGAAAACCUUAUCAGAGGAGGCGUCCAAUAGGAAGGCCUUUGUGGAGUCCCUGAAGCGCCGCCUGCAUGUGGCCACCGAGGAGAAGAGACAGAAUGAGGCCACCAGCAGCAAGCUCCAAGAGGACCUGCAGAAAAAGGAGCAGAGGUUGCAGACGUUGCAGGCGCGUGUUGGGGAGAAGGAGAAGGCCAUGGCAGAGCUGCAGAGCGAGGCCUCCAGGCAGAUGCACGGGCUGGCACAGCAGAGCACCCAGGCCCUGGACAGCGCCCAGAAGAAGCUCGGCCUGGCCACCGCACAGCUGAAGCAGCUGCACACCUUCGUCCAGGUGCUCGCCCGUGAGAUGGAACGAGAUGUGCGGACCGCCAAGGUGGAGGUGCGAAAGAGGCGGAGGGAGAAGAGGGCCUGCAGUGAGGCAGAAGGCCGUCUGUCCAAACAGUCCAUGGAGCGAGCGCAGUCCAUUGCCGCAUCCAUCCUCAACGUUAGCCAGAGGGACCUGGCGGACAUUCUGGACACCGAUGAGGAGGCAGAGGAUGGCAGUGAAGAGCAGGACUGGCUGCAGUUCGUGUUGAAACUCCUCCAGCAGCAGAUCCCCUCUGCAGAGCUCCUGAUGGACGCCAUGCUGGCCAAGAUGAAGGAGAGGAAAGUGCUGACGGAGGAACUGGCCACGCUUGAAGCAGCAGUCAGCGAAAAAGCCUGACCGCAGGAGAGAGGGAGAGAGAGAGAAGAGAGAAAGUCUGUCAUCUUUCUCCUCUAGCAUUGGGAGUGCCCAGUCUCGCAGUGGGAGCCCCAUUUGGCUGCCAUUGCCAGGGCUGAAGAAGUGUUUUGAAGAACCCUUCAACCUCUCCAUUUCUCUCCUCACGUUUUUUUUUUUUUUUGUCUCAUAGUUCCUUUUUUGUCAAGAGUGGGCCAAUGCCAGUCUUGCAUUAAUAGUCUUCAGUCCGUCCACUCCUGUUCUGUGCACUCUUUAGUGUCGUGUGAAGUGUAUUUCGAGUGUCUCAGCUGGGGUUGUGUGGUCGCAGUCCCUCUGAUGCCAAAGAGGAGUUGUGCUGCUGGCUGCUGGCUGCUGUUGUGUUGUUGUGGUGGGUUGCAGGAUUCCCUCCACCACAGCAGGGGCUCUGCUUUCCACUUCAUCUCCACACCAGACUGUCCAAGCCAUUAAAUAAGGCCAGACCUGGAUGUUUUCAAUGAUAAAAUUGAUGCAGACUGUGAGAACUCUGGAAAAUCAUGGCAUCGGUUACAACUGCUCACUGAUCAUUUGUUAUGUCUAACUUAUUGCAUUUCAUACUUUUUAAAUAAAAAGUGUGUCAAUGAA